AUGGCAGGAACAAAUAAUAAUGAAACAAUGAAAGAUUCACCACGACAACAUUCAACUGAAGUACUUCACCAACGUAAGAAAAUGCCAUUUUGUCCAAUGAGAAUGGCCAUAGGAGGAUUUGCGGCAAUAUCUGUCUUAGGUUACUUUGUUUUGUACGCUAAUAAGAAGCCUGAAGCAUCAGCUUUGGAUGUUGCUAAGGUUUCAACUGGAAUGGCUCAUCCAGAGAAUACUCAUCCACGUAAUUAA